CCAUUUUUAUUUCUCCCACGACUUUCCUCCUCUCAAUUGAAUCUCCCUCCCCAAAACCACACCCUCACCAAAUUAAUCUCACAGCCGCCGCCGCAAUGCCGCCUCGAAUCCGCCUCUCCGCCUCUCCCUCCCUCUCCUUCACCUUCCGCCGCCUCUACUCAACUCCCUCCGAGCCCCUCAUCCGCGUCACGAACCUUCCCGCAGGCUCAAACGGCCACAUCCGAGUCCUCGAGCUCAACCGCCCGCAGGCCCGAAAUGCAAUCUCCAAGGACCUGCUAGCCUCGCUGCGCGCAGAGAUAGACGACGUGCAGAGCCAGUACGGCCCCAACGGCGAGGAGAAGACUACUGGAGUCGACCAGAACGGUCCCACGAGAGCUCUCAUUCUUGCCAGUGCCAUUGAUACCUGCUUCUGCGCUGGCGCAGAUCUGAAAGAGAGACGCGGCUUUACCCCAGAAGAAACCGCCCAGUUCCUCUCCAACCUCCGCAGCACCUUCGCCAACCUCUCCAACCUCCAGAUCCCAACAAUCUCCGCCAUCUCCUCCCUCGCCCUCGGCGGCGGCCUCGAGCUUGCCCUCUCCACCCACUUCCGCGUCCUCUCCUCCAACGCAACUGUCGGCCUGCCUGAAACCCGCCUCGGCAUCAUCCCCGGCGCCGGCGGCACCUUCCGCCUGCCUGCCCUCAUCGGCCUUUCCCGCGCGCGCGAUCUCAUCCUCACCGGCCGCCGCGUUGCCGCCCCGGAGGCCUAUUUCCUAGGCAUUGCUGAUCGCCUCGUCGAGGUCGUCCCGGAGGAUGAGCGCGACGGCGCCGAAAUCCUGCAGAUCGCGCGCAAGUCUGCCCUGUCAGAGGCUGUCAGGCUGGCUCAGGAGAUCUGCGAAGGAGGACCCAUUGCUAUCCGUGCUGGUCUGCAGGCCGUUGCCUGGGCUAGGGAGGAGAAGGAGAAUGAGAUGUACCAGAGGGUCGUCAACACAGAAGAUAGAAAUGAGGCGUUGAAGGCAUUCCAAGAGAAGCGAAAGCCCGUGUUCAAGGGCCGGUAAAAUUACAAUUUAAUAGAAAUAUUUAAUGAAAAAUGAACAAAUCGUUAAUGACAAUCGUG